CUCAUGUUUAAGAUUGUUCUUAAAUUGUCCUCUGAGUGAUUCUAGUUGGUUUUGUCUUUUGACUUUUUGUUGUCUUGAUCUCUCUAUUCAGGUUUUUUUGGUCACGUGAGAAGAAGCUUUAGACAUGGCGUCGUGGACUUCAUCUGAAUUCCUCUAUGAAGAAGUAAAACCACCAGGUAUUCAUUUCCUAGAACGUUUCAGGCGUUCAGGAAAACUCUCUUUCAAGCAAUAUCAAGCAAUGGUCUUUGUCUUGACCUUCAUUGCUUAUAUUGCCUUCCACGCAACACGAAAGCCUAACAGCAUCGUCAAAGGAACACUCUCUGAACAACCAACCGGACAUUUCAAGGGUGCAGAUAAAGGUGGAUGGGCUCCUUUCGAUGGUCCAGAUGGAACAGCUCUGCUUGGACAAAUCGAUUUGGCUUUCCUCUCUGUUUACGCGGUUGGAAUGUUUGUGGCUGGUCAUUUGGGUGAUCGUUUGGACCUCAGGACGUUUCUAACAAUAGGUAUGGUCGGGACAGGAGUGUGUACUGCUCUGUUUGGAGUCGCUUUUUGGGCCAAUAUCCAUGCUUUCUACUAUUUCCUUGCGAUUCAGACAUUGGCAGGGUGGUUUCAGUCUAUUGGAUGGCCUUGCGUGGUUGCGGUUUUGGGAAACUGGUUUGAUAAGAAGAGGAGAGGAGUCAUUAUGGGUGUUUGGAGUGCUCAUACAUCAUUAGGGAAUAUCAUUGGGACUUUAAUCGCUACGGGGCUUUUGAAGUUUGGUUGGGGAUGGUCUUUUGUUGGUCCGGCUUUGCUCAUUACGUUUCUUGGCAUUGUGGUUUACCUAUUCUUGCCUGUGAACCCUCAUGCUGUUGAAGCUGAGAGAGAUGGGAGUGAAGUUGAUUCCACAAUGAGACUCGGUGACACCAUUACAGAGAGUUUCUUAAGCUCUAGGACGAGUACUGGAUUCGAUAGAAGAGCUGUCGGGUUCUUAGCGGCUUGGAAAAUCCCCGGUGUUGCUCCUUUCGCCUUCUGUCUCUUCUUCACCAAACUGGUCUCUUACACAUUCCUCUAUUGGCUUCCUUUCUACGUAAGCCAGACUGAGAUAGGAGGAGAACAAUUGUCACAGGAGACAUCGGGAAACUUAUCGACACUCUUCGAUGUUGGAGGCGUUGUUGGAGGAAUCUUAGCCGGAUAUUUCUCUGACCAGCUCGACGGGAGAGCAAUUACAGCCGGAGGAUUCAUCUACUUAACAAUCCCAGCUCUGUUCCUCUACAGAAUAUACGGUCAUGUCUCAAUGACAAUCAAUAUCAUCCUCAUGUUCGUAGCUGGAUUAUUUGUUAAUGGACCUUACGCUCUCAUCACAACCGCGGUUGCAGCUGAUCUCGGUACUCACAAGUCGCUUAAAGGCAAUGCAAGGGCUUUGGCUACAGUGACUGCUAUUAUAGAUGGAACAGGAUCAGUUGGUGCAGCCAUUGGACCUGUUCUUACAGGUUAUAUCGCUGCGAUUAGUUGGGAUGCUGUGUUUUACAUGUUGAUGACUGCAGCUUUGAUCUCUGGAUUGUUGCUCACUACGCUUAUUAUAGAAGAAGUGAAAACUUUGUUGUAUGGAUCUUCUGAAGAAGAUCAUGAAGUCGCUGCUGCUUCUACAUCAAGACCUCCCAUUGAUGUCCUCAUAUGAUAUAUCAUGACUUUGAUCUUUUUUCUUUUUGUUUCUUUUGUUUUUCAAUCUGACUUGUCUUCACUUACAUGACUUCGUACUUGUAUUAUUUAUUGUAAGGUUUGAAUGAAAA